AGCCAUUUUGGCUCAAGCCAUUUUGGCUCAAGCCAUUUUGGCUCAAGCCAUUUUGGCUUAAGGUAUUUACAAUGCGGCUCAAGCCGCGGUGCCGUGUCUUCUCGGAUGCUGGGCAUCGGCCGAGGGUCUCGAGAAGGCGUUAUUUCCCUCGAAGCGUCGAUCAAGAGCUGCGGUCGGACAAAACAAUGGAGCGUAGCACUGCGGUUGCUCCGCGAAGGACUUCGAUUAGGUGUGCAACUUGGCCCAGGCCACUACGUUGCGACUGCCAGCGCAUGCAGAAAAGGCGGGCAAUGGCAACACGCGCUUUCAGUGCUCAGUGACAUGUGGAAGGCGAAGCUGGAGCCCAACGUCAUCAGCUACAGCGCUGGGAUCAGCGCGUGCGAGAAGGGCGAGCAGUGGCAGCCGGCGCUUGCGCUGCUGAGCGAGAUGUGGGAGGCCAAGCUGGAGCCCGACGUCAUCAGCUACAACGCUGGGAUCAGCGCGUGCGAGAAGGGCGAGCAGUGGCAGCCGGCGCUUGCGCUGCUGGCGAGCAGUGGCAGCGGGCGCUUGCGCUGCUGAGCGAGAUGUGGGAGGCGAAGCUGGAUCCCGACGUCAUCAGCUACAGCGCUGGGAUCAGCGCGUGCGACGAGAUGUGGGAGGCCAAGCUGGAGCCCGACGUCAUCAGCUACAACGCUGCGAUCUGCACGAGUGAGAGAUGCAGCCAGUGGCGGCAUGCAUUUUUGCUGCUCAGAGUGAUGCGGGAACGCCAUGUGGAGACGAACGAUAUCAGUUACAAUUUAUGCAUCACGGCGUAUGAGAGGUCGUCUCGCAACUUGGCAGGCUUGUCCUGCUAUCGUUGUAUCGGCCUUUCCCGUUUUCGAGUGUCUUGCGGGGCACUGUCCGUGUGGGAACCUGCUGGGGAACCAUUGUGAUCACGUGGGCGAACAUCCGUAUUUUGAAUUUGGCAGCAGUGUUCCGUCGCGCAGGAAGCCGCUUCGGAUACCAUUACGUGGAUCCGCCCUGGUUGGCUACAGCACUGAGAUCAGCACUUGUGAUAGAGGCGUCCAGUGAAAGCGGGUCCUGCCGAUGAUCAGCGAUCUGUUGAUUGUGAAGUUGAAGCCCAAUGGCGUCAGCUACAACGCUGGGAUCAGCGCGUGCGAGAAGGGCGAGCAGUGGCAGCCGGCGCUUGCGCUGCUGAGCGAGAUGUGGGAAGCUGGAGCCCAACGUCAUCAGCUACAACGCUGGGAGCAGCGCGUGCGAGAAGGGCGAGCAGUGGCAGCCGGCGCUUGCGCUGCUGAGCGAGAUGUGGGAAGCUGGAGCCCAACGUCAGCCGAGGACCUCCCUGCAGCCCCUCGGCCAACGAAGACGGCUGCAGGGAGGGGUCCAAACGUACCUCCACCUUCAUGCACCAGUCAACCAAUACACCAGAAGCUAAAAGUUUUCAUAUCUCCAAGCACAAGUUGGAACGAACGUCUCACCCUGUUGCGAGAUAGAUCGACCCUCAAGGCUUCUGGGCCAUUGCUGCCAGGAAGGUUUCGCAUUCUGAGGGUCACGCUUGCGCUCUCCUGGCGGUGCAAGUUAGCCGACGAA